GAAUAUUGUACAAGAAAAUUUGUUUGAAAGUGCUAUAACACAAAAACCCUUUAACAUUGCUUAUAUUAACUAAUGUUGCUACAUAUCUUCCAUGGUAAUAAAGAUAAGGCAAAUAUGCAAGUGUUCUUGACGCCCGGAGACAACCAGAUGAAAUAACAGUUUUGUGAGCACUGUGACUUUGUGCAGAUUUUAAGAGCAGCGGCCUAAACAGUUUUAGACGCCUCCGAGAGUGCCGAUAUCAAUUGCUUAUUUACAAUAAAUCGAUAGGUUUGCGUAAGCGCAGCCAACUUAACAGAAAAAUGUAGCUGCGAAGAAGUAGAAAAAUCGUAUAUGAAGGAGUAAAAGUUGAAAAUAAACAUAAAUACAUAAAAACCCUCGCAAAGAAAGUUCUUCCCAAGUUUAUAUCGUAAAGACGAGGAUUCCACACUUACUGAAAGUCGAUAUACACUGACAUAAACACACAUUCAAAGUUGCAUCAGCAUGCCUGAUUCCGGCGACUGCAGCGAUGCAGAGAUGAAUCAGCCGUCUUGCAGCAGGAAGACUGUACAGAGUAAUGAUCGUGAGAAGAGGAAUCGUCGUAUAAUCAUGCGAAUCGAAUUUAAGGAUUCGGAUGACACGGACGCGGAUGAUUCUUGUUCGGUUUCAAGUAAUGACAAUGCUCCCCCUGCCUCUGCUUCUUUGAGUGUGGGUAUUGACCUUGGUACGCGGGUACCAGGCUCGUCGGUUUUUCAACCUUGUCAGAGUAACCGAUCUAAUCGAAAACAAGUUCCCCAUGCCAUUAGCAACGCUAACAGAAAUGGAGCGCCAACUAUGUCGGCUCUCCAGCUUAAAAGACGUGGUGAUGCAAACCGACUUCAUUCAGCCAAUGAUCCUGACAGCGGUAGUGAGAUCGAUGAACAAAUUACGAGAAAGCGGGUACGUGGAAAGAAACGAAGGAAAUUAAUCAUUUCCGAGGAUGAGAAUGAGAAUGAAAAAGCGGCGGCCAAUAAUAUUAUCAGAACUGAUGUACAAGCGGAUCUCGAUGGCGGUUUUAGUUCCGAUGGCAGUAGCAGCAGUAACGAACUGCUGGAGAAAUGCCCAAUUUGCCUGUUGACGUUCCGCCAACAGGAGAUCGGCAGACCUGUAACGUGCGAGCACAUGUUUUGUGCAGCCUGUAUUGAGGCAUGGGCGAACAAUGUUCAAACCUGUCCCAUUGAUCGACUUGCGUUCGAUAGAAUCAUAGUGCUGGAUAGUUGUGAGCGACGCAACAUUGUUCGCGAAGUUCGAGUAGAUCUGAGCAAGUCAAAAAAGGAACUUGUGUUAGACGACGAGGAGUACGUCACUGGUAUUGUGGCCAGUGAUAAUGAUGAUAUUACUAAUUGUGAAAUAUGCAAUUGUCCGGACCGCGAAGAAAUAAUGCUGCUUUGCGACAGCUGUAACCAAGGUUACCACAUGGACUGCUUAGAUCCGCCUCUUAAUGAAAUACCUGCAGGCUCCUGGUACUGUGACAACUGCAUUGACUCAAACGACGAGGCUGAAGACGAAGAUUUAGAACUUGCUGAGGACUUACACACUCUGUACGAAGAUAUUCGCGGAAUGGGAUUGCCAGAAACGCGUUUACGUGUACGUCAAGUCCAGCAGCCUCGUAUUUUACGCACUCGUCAGAACGAACGAAUACGGGCGGCAGUCUUGCGGCACACCCAGACGAGAUCCCUAAGCCAGGCUGUAGCAGAAGCGCAGCUGGAAACUACCACAACAACGACACAAACAACAACUCGACGUAACCGGAAUAGCACAACGCGAACCACCCGCACCACAACAACAAGACGAAACGCCACAUCGCGUCGACGACGUAGCCGGCGUACGGCUACGCAUCGCACAUACGUAGUGGAGUAUGAUAUUAAUAAUUUUGAUGAAAAGUUCGCAGUAAAGACUAGUAAGAAGGUCAUAAGGCGGAGAAGAAGACGGAGAGUAACGCGCAAAAUAAGAUCCCAAUGCACUCGAAGCUUAAAUGACAGCGCCCGAAUGUCGGCCAGCAAGCGGUUAGCGGAACAACUUGGCGUCAAAAUGGACGGAGGGCGUGGAUCGCAUAUAAGCGGUGGCAGCGCUUCUAGUUUCUCAAUAUUCGGCAACCCUAACAGUUUGGAGUAUUUUUCGGAUAGCGAUGAAAUGCGCGACGAUGUUGGAGGAGAUAUUAAUAUUGGGAGCUCAGCUUCAACUGCAGUUCAAACGUCAGUUCGUAGUUCUAGCAUUGGAGCGCCGCGCAAUCGCAAAGCCCUUCUCCAGGGCAAAGCGAGAAUAGCUGCCUCAACACGCAAUUCGGCUGCUGCUGCGGCCAGUGAUAUAUUAUCCAGUAUAAUGGAACUGCAAGAUCGUUGGCAUAAUGCAUCGCGAAAUCUGAGCGAAGUCCAUAUUAAUGCCGACGGCAGCCUGAAUUUACCACAGCGAGAGAUGGCAGCGGCUAUUGACAAACCAACUAAAAAACCUGAUUUUAACAAGCCCACAGAACAUAUCACUCAAGUGCCCCUUUACCAACGUGGCGGUUCGGGACCCAAUAUAGGUCAAGGUGGUAAUGGCAACUUUAACAAUCGCUAUAGCGGUAACAACUCUCGUGGCGGUGGUGGCGGCGGCGGAGGAGGCAGUGCAGCUGCUGCUAAUCAGUACCAACAACAUUCAACUGGCGGUAUGGCGAAUAGCAGUGAUAAUUCGUCUGCGGAGUCCAGUUUUGGCAAUCAAACUUUCAAUAGCAACAACAACAACCCCAACGGCAACAACAAUACUAUACCCAAUACAAACUUUACGCCAUUCAACAUACGUUUUAAUUCACCUAAUCAACCGCAGCGUAAUCAAAAUAUGCAGCAACCGCGCCAAUCGUCAUAUUCCAGCGGCAUACGUAUGCCCUUAACGCCAUCUGUCGCCCCAUCCACCAGCUUCGCACACAUAACUCCUCAGCAGCAACAGCGACCGCUUUUCAGCGGUCUGCCCGCACCCAUUAAUGCACCUGUUCUCGGCUCACGCAUAUCAAUGCCACCGGUUUUGACUGUACCACCGCCACCGGCACCGCCGCCCAGCUUGUCGUGGAACAGCUCGUUGUUUAAACUUAGCACAGAUUAUGGAAACCAAAUUGAUACUAAAAAAGAUGGCGACGACGACGAUGAAAAUUGUCCGAAUUUCUCCAUUUACUCACAGGAAUCGCAGGCGGUAGCCACAGAACUCUUCGCGCAACCGCAAAAAUCUGCAAAGAACUCAGACGAGGAUGACGACGAAAUGAAUGAAGAUUUAGUACAAUUAGAUGAUGAUGAUGAUAUACCACUGCCUCCAGAGCCUCAAACCGAUACAGUCGUCAAUGUUAAGGAUGAUCACAAUGCCGGUAGCGAUCUGUAUGAACCUGAAAAUCCGACAGAAGAGCAAGAAGAGGACGAGAAAGAGAUUGUUAAUAAGCCUGUGCAAUGCGGUGACAGCAACGUAGAAGAAUGCAAUGACAACCUGGCAAGUAGCAACUUGAAUUGUGAACGAAGCGCAUCGGCUACACCAGCUAGCAAGGAACCUGACGAUGAUGAUGAAACGAAAACGCGCAGUACUCCUAGCCCCAUUAUCAAGGAUGGCCGUACUGUAGACAGAGGCAAAGGUGUUUUGGAACUCUACGAUGACAGUGAUUGGGAAGAGUUAGAGAUUGAUAAACCGAAAGAAUUUGAGAAGGCGCUCAUUGAGGAAUCUGUAGAGGAUACUCCCGCUAGUGGUAAAAAAGAAACCAAGGAAGGCGAGGUAUCAGCGAAAACUUCAAGCAGCGAAUCUGACCAAGAUCGAUCCUAUACGCCAUGUUUGGAUGAGAAAAAUAUGGAGGAGGAUGCGACAGCCGGACACCAAAGCGAUAAAUCAGAUCCUUCAUGUGAAGCCAAAAAAAGCGAUUCAAAAAAGUCUGAAGAAGCCGAAGACAGUGAGGAGCGCGUUGCUGGUAUGGGUACCGAACUUAUAUCCGAAGACGAAGAAUUGACAAAUGAAAACGAAUCAAAGCGACGCAGUCGCAGCCACAGUCGCAGUCGCAGUCACAGUCGCAGUCGCAGUCGUAGUGGUAGUCGCCAUCGUAAAGAAGGGGAGACCAAAAUUGGUAAAUCCAAGCGCAGUUCUAAACGUAGCAAGGAAGCUUCUGAGACGUUUAAAAAAGUGGGCAAGCGGCGAAAAGACCGCAAUUACCGCGGUGAUAAACAGCAACAACAGGACCGAAGUCGCUCCCGACGUUCUCACACUAACACGCCACGUUCUGUCACACGCAGCUGCAGUAAUCGAAGUCCCGAUCGCAGCCGCAGCCGCAGUCGUAGUCUAACUAAAUCGCCACGCGGUCGUAGACGUAAUAGUCGUUCCAAGUCGUAUUCCCGGUCAAGAUCACACUCAAAUAGUCCUCAUGGCGGACGCCAACGCGCCACGUUCAGGGGUCGCGAAUUUGUUCGAGGAUUUGGUCGCGGCCGUGGUGGGCUACGCUUCAAUUUUCGAAACCAGCAAUUUCAGCAUAGACAUUACCAGCAGCACCAUAAUCAACACCAAUACCCUCACCAGUACCACCACCAUCAUCAGCAGUAUCAGUCGCAAAAUCAAUACCAUAUGCAGCCACAUUUUCAGCGACAAAAACGACGCGAGCUGCCACGCUACGAUGUGCGCAAUGUCGUUAGCACGUCGCGUCAUCACCAAAAGGAUCGCUAUGGCCGGGACGCAGCUCGAUCUGCUAGGAGUCGAUCUGUUAGCUAUGAACGGCGACAACGUUCGCGUAGUUAUUCACGUAGUUCGACGCGUACACGUACACGAACACGUUCAGCGUCCCCGAAACGUUUUCGCAGUUUUAGCAUUUCGCCAACUCCGCCAGCAGGUGUUGCCAGGCAUCAGCAUGAGCAGGGAGCACGUCGCAGAUCUGUGUCCCCGGGCGGUAGACGAUUCGAACAUUCACCGCCGAAUUCACAACCACUACAACCAGCUCAUCGUAACAGCCCGCUGCAGCGGAGUAACAGCACAGUAUCAGUGCGAUCCCGAUCAAAUACGCCGGCGCGAAUGAAUGGCAGCCGCAGCAUGCAGGGUGCAAAGAAUUCGCCUGGCUAUUCACCGCGUUAUACGCCACGGCUAAGUCGUAGUCUUUCAAAAAGUCCACGAAAAAAGAAGAAAAAGAAGAGUGAUAAGAAGAAGAAAGGCAAGAAGCGUGCAUCAAGUAACAGUCCGGUGGCUCGGCAGCGACGGAUUUCGCGGCAACGUGACCCCUUUGAUGAUGCUGAUGAUUUUCUCGCACCUCAGUUGGGUAAAAAGUCCAAAAAAUCAUCAGCGGGCAUUGGAGCGAUGCAUUGGUCACCGUCCCCCACGCCCAGUCUUUCUGCGGAACGUCUUAACUUUAUUCACGAGAGUGGAGCUGGAACUAGUGGCGAAAAGCCUGCGUCCUGGACGCCGCCCUUGACAUCUCCACAAGCGCCCGUUACGCACUAUAAUGAGAAUCCUCAUCGCAGCCAAACGCCAGUAAUUGGGAAAAAAGUCAAACCCAAGCGAGACAAAAGCAAGAAGAAGAAAAAGCCGUUAGACAAGCAGCGCAAGGACAAAAAGCGCAAGCGCCACACCAUGACACCUGAACCGUUGCCCUCAAAGGAGGUAUUUGCAUCGGGCAACAAUAUUCUUGUCAGCGUUAGUUUCAACAAGGAGGUAAGCAAUGCACUAGUAGGGUCGGGACAACAGCAGACUGUAGUAACAUUGCCACCGACUAGGGAUGAGUUCCUUGGAGGGCGGCGCACCUCCACAGACCGGCUGACCAACAGUAGCGGGGUAGCGGGUAAGAAGGCUAAACGAAAGCGAAAAAAGCUAGAUGCAAAGCCUGUAGCGAUUAUUGAUCUGGAACGCUCGCCAUUUCAAGUGCACCAAGAGCCGGCCGAUGUUAUUGUGCUGACCGAUAGCGAAGAUGCAAAUGAUAACCAGCUCUUGAUGAGACGCGAACGGCGACGGAACAGCGUCGCAUCCGCUACGGGUCAUGUGUUGAUGAGAGAGAAUGGACAACGCGAAAAAACGCCGCCAACCGAUUCUUUGGAAACGAUAUUGGAGGCUUCAUAUGAAAAUCUCACACAAACUACUGGUCCGAAAACGCCACCAGAGCCACAUCUUGUGAAGUUCAACUUACCCGCCAAAAAACAACACAAAGUCCGUAAUAAUCCGCUGCACGAUGAUGCCGACGAUAUACACUCUGCAGACGAUCUAGAAACCGUGUGCUCUCUGCGGGGUGCUAUUGACGGAGAGCCGCAACAGCCACAUGCUAAUGACGGGCUCAUUUCAGCGCAAAAGAUCGGACCAAAUACACCUCCGGAAUCGGGACCGUGUUCUCCGGAUGCUUAUGAUCCAUUUGAGCCGACAAAAUCACCCUCUUUAUCUCCGCGUUCCCCAACACCAACUCCUGCCCAGAAUCUAGAACCAAUGACCCUACAGACUUCCACUGGCGUUGGCGGUAAUGCUUGCGGUGGCAUGGAAAAAAUUGAUGCACUUACGUGCAGCCAGAAACACAACAGCCACAGCGACGAUCUGGCCGACGUGAACACAGGAACACCGACCUUGUCGAGCACAAGCAACACAGCGACCCAAGUAAAUUCGAGUGUGAGCAUUAAUCCAGUAGAGCUGGUCAUGGCACUCAUGAGUAAGCCCAGCAACACCAUUCAGCAAGACCUGGCCAAUAAAUCCAUCGAAGUCUCAUCGGCAUCGUAUCUCAACAGCACCACAAUGAGCACAGCGUUGGCUGUGCCUGGCGCUGAAGAUAAUCUUGCCGAUAAUUCAAUUACGGUUUUGUCGAAUGUCCUGCUAACAAGUAGUAGUGUUGCGUCCGCGCCACAACACAUACCGGUUAUAUCUAGUCCGCCGACUACACUCGUAAGAAAGUUGGGCACCAUGCCCAAGACUGGCGGCAGUGUGGCCAGCAGCAGCAGUGGUAUAGUGAAUCUGCCCUCGGGCAGUGGAGCAAUGCGUAACGGCAACACCGGUGUUAGCAGUAUGGCCACUGUGCUGGACGACUCUUUCAAUAUGGACAUUGAAAGCCCAUACUCUCCUGGUUCGGCGGACUACGAGGAUUUGUUUGAGCCCCCGCCAGAUGGUGGCAACGCAAUUGGUUCAAUUAGACGUUCCAAAAGCAGCGGGGUGCCCGCUUCCGGUAAAGCUGAGAUGUUUGACAAUCUCUUUGGAAGCAGUUCCCCUGUGGGUCAACAUAGGCUGCCAUCGCGGUACAAUGCCUCAACUGGAAGGAAACAGCAACGUGCAAAUAACAAAAACGAGCGCAAAACGAAAGGCAAAGGUAACAAAUUGGUCGACGACCACGUGAAACUCUAUGAUGAUGUGCCCAAUUCGGCAGUGGAUUUACAAGUCAAGGAUAGGUUUAUACGUAAGCUAAACCGCCAGGAACGUGUUGUUGAGGAAGUAAAGCUGGUACUGAAACCACAUUUCAAUAAAAAAGUGAUAACAAAGGACGAUUACAAGGAUAUUAUGCGACGCGCUGUACCCAAAAUUUGUCACAGUCGCUCUGGUGAAAUUAAUCCCCACAAAAUCAAAAAUUUAAUUGAUGCCUAUGUUAGGAAGUUCCGCGCCAAGCACAAGAAGUUGGGUCUGCUAAAUACGGGACAAGUGAGCAGCGCUGUCAAAUGUGCCGCAUAUUUAAAGAAGCUAUAAGCAAAUGUAGGGAUAGUGGACGCUAAAUUGUCUUCACAGCGUUUUCCUAACAAAAUUAUCUUCAGCGGCCGAAAGCAUUCCUACGCCUCCAUAAACCACAAUCGACGCCCGUGAGCGCAAAUACAAAUAUUGUCAUUGCUAAUUGAAAUUUAGUUGUUAAGUCAAUUUUAGGUUACGCUACGAAUGAUUUUAGAGUAUAAGCUAAUACAGAAGUGAAAAUAUAUAUUAAGCAGCAUA